AUAGGACUUGUUGGAGAGUUAGGAUAUUUAUUUUUUGAAUAUCUGAUUUGUAACUCCUAAGAUGUAUGGUUAGAUCAUUUAUACACGCGAUAAGUUGAACUAACGGGGUAUUGAACUUUUGAAAUCACUGUCAAAAUAUCUUUAAAAUUAGUACUCCAUUAUCUGUUCGUGAAUUCUACAGAUAAAUUGUCCAUAGUUCAUCUGAUAUCUCAGUCAGGUUCAGGCAUUGCUGGUUUUUGUUACAUUUCCUUAAUGAUGAACUUGAUGAAAAGUUCUGUAGUUCUUUUGGAAUUUAAAGUUAACUUGACAAUUCAAAGUGUCUGAUGCCUGUAUCUUACUGAAUACCUUGACUAUGGUCCUAGAGCUAUCUCUACCCUUUUUCUACUCCCUUCAGUAAAUUUCAAUACUCGAAUGAAAAUGGUUGAUGCGCAUUGAAGAACUUGCUUCACUUUCAUUUUUGUUUUUAGCAUAUACAAACAGUUACAUGUAUAUAGAUCCGAAACGGGUGACAGAAAGGUCAAGUUUACUUAUGUACCAUCAUCUCCAAAAGAGCUCUAUUUGCUUCACUUAUUGGAAAACUGUCUCUCAUGCAGAUUAAAUUCUCAAGUCCCAGGCAAUUCCAGAAAUUACUUGGUUGCUGCAUCUAGUUUACCAUUUUUGGGACACAUGAAUGCAUCUAGUUUACCAGUCUUCAGCUAUUUUUUUUUUUCAUUUCAGUGAAAUUAUUUCGAAAUUCUUGCAGCUGCUUGCAGGACCUCUCCUCUCUGCAAUACACAUAUAUAGUGUCACUGAAGAGAUGCGAGCUACCCCAGUGAACACAUUAAAUCCACAGAGAACUGCUUUGAUUGUCGCCAACUUUCUCAAGACGGGAAAAGUAUUGAGCCCAGCUGACAUACGGUAUCGGGAAGAUCUCCUCUUUCCUGGGCGACUCAUAGAAGAAGCUGGGAACGUGAAAGUUGGAAGAGCUUUACAUGAUGUUUUUAGGCCUUCGAAGAUUAAUGAAUGGAAGGAAAAACUUCCAGAGGAGAAGUUUCUUUUAAGUCGUGGCAGUAAAUGGAUCGACAUGGUCCUUGAGCACAAUGCGACAGGUGAAGAUGCAUUGAGGGGUUGGUUGGUAGCUGCGUAUGUCAGAUGUAUGGAGAAGUCUAAUCAUGAGAUGAACGCGCGAGUCUUGCAAGACGCUUACAUGAAGAUGAGUGAUACCUUUUCCCCGUUUGUAGCUGAAGUACAAGCCAAAGGAUGGCAUGCCGAUCAAUUUCUUGACGAACGGGAAGUCGAUUUUCAUGGUAGCAUUAUUGUUGUCUUGAUGAUAUACGUAUUCUUUAGGAUAACCUCACCAUCUUUACUGUUACAGAAGUUGAUGAAAAGGAUGAUUCGAAGUUUAGAGCUGCUUUGCUCGCAUGUACUAUUGACCAAUUUAGUCGAGAGGAGUAAAAUAAGAAAUGGUUGUGCACUCAAUUCUGUGUUCAUCGGAUUAAGAAGACCGAAAGAUCAGGGCAAAUUUGUCUGGACUCAAUGAAGGAGAGAGAAAUAGGUGAAAAC